GCCUCUCUCCAUCUCUUAUCACAUAAAUGAAGCUAACAGCAGCUGAUAUGAAAACACCUGAUGUGCUGCGUGUGAUAUCAGGAAGCAGACAGAUGAAAAGUCAUUUUGAGGAGCUAAAGUAGUUUAUCUGCUCAUCAUGCAGCCUCACUGUAGUCUGCACAGAACAGUUUCUGUGGGUUUGUCUCAGUUCUGGGUUAAUGUGUUUUUGAAGUCGCUGCACUGAAACUGACUCCCUGUGAGUCAAAAGAGAGAUUUUAAAAUCCUGUUACUGGUCUAUGAAGCACUAAAUCUUCUCAGGACUCACACUUACUUGUAUGAGAGAUUGGGAGGGUUAUUUAAAAUGUUUGUUCUGAUACAGUUACUUAAUAACAGAACUAAAACAGAAGUAAAACUGUCAGCUCAUGUAAACCAGGGAAUAACUGUUGACUGUCAGCUUUCAAAUAAGUAAAUUAAUUUAAUGUGUUUUUGUAUCUGUAGCUAAUUAUAUCAGCUUUUUUCCAUUUACAGAUGCUGUUUUAAUGUCUUAAUGUCUUAGUUCUGAUAAACAUGCCUAAGUGAGGUUUUAUUUGACUGAAGAUUUUUAGAUCUCUGAACCUUGUUUUAAACUAAUUACUUACUAACAGAAAAUAGAAAAAGAAACCUAAAAUCAAUCCAAAUGUCACUGUAGUCAAGAUAGUUUACAGACUCCUCCUCAGCUUGCAGCAGUCAUUGUCAGGCUUUAUAAACCUACAUGAGGGAUUAAAACCUACAUUCUUGUCUGCUAAGCAGCUUUGAAACGACUGCAUUUGAUCCGUAAAUCUUGUGGACAAUAGAAACUGACAAGUAAAAAGCGGAGAGACCAAGAGAGCAGAUGAUAUUAAUCCCACCAAGUACGGAGAGAGAUCUAUUAAUGCUUUUGUUUUGUUCUCCUGCCGCCACUUUGAUUGGAUCAAUGAGGAAAAAAGGUUGAAUAGAAAUAAUAACGGUUGGACUGUUGCUGACGAGUUUUACACCAGAAGUUGGCUGGUGGGGUUUGUAGUACAUUAUGACCAACUACAUUCACCUCGACAGUCACCUGUAAGGUCUCAUUCUGACAUAAUCAUUCACUAACGUAGGUCAUCACGAUGCUGAUCAGGAUGUUUCACUGUUGAUGGUGAAGUUACAGGAUUCUUUUAGUGUUAAACUUUAAGUCACGUCUUUAAUCUUUUAUGACUUAAGUGCAUUAGAAUGUAUCGUGUGUUUAAAAAGGAAGUCAGAAACAAUGAACACAUUACAGUUCACGAUGAUCGCCCUCAAAACAAGCUAUAGAUGUGGUUUUUAUAGAAAGUUACCAAAACAUCUUCAAGUGAUGUCUGUAAAAUUCCUAAUAGGACUCUUUUAAUCUACUGUGAACAAUAUUUAAUUCUAUUUUAAGGAGUUAAAACAUCUAAAGCGAGACACAGCACAAUAUUCUCGUAUGACAUGUUAAAUGAAGCACAAAUAGUUUGAACACUAAUAUUUCAAGUGUGUUAAUUAAUUGUAAUGUUUGGGAAGUUUUUGGGCCUGGUUGUCAUAUAAACGAUGGCAGGCUUCGUCACGUGGUUCAUAGAUUUCCUUCACGUGUUUUGUGUUUAUGUGUAUGAUCAAUAAGUGAACGUCUCACCUGUGAUGAAAGAGGAGUUCACCUGGAUGAAACGUUUACUUUGAACAAGUCAGAAAACGGAGACAAGGUCAGCUGCUCUCCACAACAACAACAUCUUAAGCCUGCUAACGAGUUCUGAGCUGAGUAACGGGGAGUUUUGUUGCUGAUAAAACAUAAUUUCCUCGUUCAAACGUUACAUAGUUUUGCUUUAAAAGACAAAUUAGCAGGACAGCACUUUAUAAAUACUGUAUAUGAUUUACUCUAACGUAUCUAAUAAAGAUGAGCGUUUCCUUUUUCACCGCGGCGUCUUGCUUCUGGAGUGAUCUCGGUGGUUUGCAUGACAAAUCCAGUUUAUCUCUGGUUCUUUAGACACACUACACUAACGAGACUAGCUUAAGUCUGGCUGCUCUAUUUAAAUGUCAGUGCUUUAACAACUUAAAACCUUAAUUGUUUUAACAAGUCAUCGGUGGCUGGCACCACGGAUGUAAAUAAUAAUAAGGUUCAUAUGUGUGUGUGUGUGUGUGUGUGUGUGUGUGUGUGUGUGUGGUUUCAUAACGUCAUCAGCUUGUUGCUUCACAAAAAGGCCGUCUGUUAAUCAGCAGGACAACAAUCUAAUGUCACAGUCGAUCUGCAAGAAAACUUAUGUUAGAUUCUUGUUUUGAGUUUAAUCACUGCUGCCUGUGUUUGUUCAGAUAAUGUCACAACUUUAUUGAUGUUUCAAUAAAAAAUAAAUUGUUUCUCAGAGUCCGCAGCCUCAACGCACCUCAGGUCCUGGAGACACCUGCACCCCCUCCAAAUCAGGAAGUAGGCUAAUGCUUAAAGCCUUUAUCCUCUUUUAUGCACCCAACAGCCUUCCUUUGUUCCCCUUCAGUAUGGGACUCUUCAAUCAAACAGCGCAGAACAAUAAACAUCAUAAAUGAUUUAUUGCACAUUUGAAAAAGACACUUCACCAAAUAAAUAAAUAAAAGCGAAGGAUUUUUGUAAUUUAUCUGCAAAGAAAAUCAGGAUGAGGAGUUUUAUUUUCCCUCAAUGAGACACAUGGAUGACAUUUUCCAAUCAGCCAUCCAAUAUGACUUCCUUGAGUAAUCUGUAGGGAUUUCAUAAAGAUUAAUGCAUGGCGCAGUGCGUAUGAUUUCAUAAAUAAAAGUGAGGUAAACAGCACCGAUUGUUGCUCAUUAUUUUCUUUAAAUCGUCCAAAUCAGCUGCAGGGACUUUAAGCUCAUAUCAUAAAACAUUUCAAAACUAAAGGAGGAGGAAGUUAUUAUGGGCAUGUGGUGAGAUGUGCCACACAGCCAACGUCAUGUGAGCCAGGCAGCUCAGCAGGGGAUAAUAGUAUUUAGAUGUCCUGUAAGCAUGCGGAUCCUCUCAGUCAGCAACAUUAAUGGGGCCAUGAGGCAUCCUGCUCAUGUCCUCCAUGCUUAGGUAAAGGGGUAUUAGACAGCAGUAAUGCCGGCUGGUCUGAGCGCUCUGUCUGCUGUGUAGUCCGGGGGUGGACAGACAUGGGGACCUCCAGCAAGGUGGCAAACUUCUGGAACAGGAGGCAGAGUCUCUUCCCCAACUACAAAGUCACUGAUUCGGACAUUAAUCGGAGACCCUCGGAGAUCGCUUAUCCACUCGCCAAGGAAAGCUGCGUGAAGACAUGGAACUCCAUGCAGGAGCUGAGCAGAGACAUCUACGACAUCUAUGCUGAGUACGAGGAUGAAGCGGACGAUGGCGCUCCGUGCAGCUACUCGAAGCAGAUCUCACUGUCCAAGAAGAACUACAUGAUCAACAUCAAUGUCGGAGGGAAGCCCUAUCAGAUUGCCUAUAAAACGGCUGCAAAGUAUCCAAAGACCAGAAUAGGACGACUGGCCACCUACACGGACCACAACAUGAAGCUGGACCUGUGCGAUGACUACACUGUCAUCAACAACGAGUACUUCUUCGACAGGGACCCAGACGUUUUCCACAGUAUCUUCAACUUCUACAGGACGGGAGUGCUCUGGAUCAAGGACGAGUUGUGUCCCCGCAACUUCCUGGAGGAGAUCAACUACUGGGGCGUGAGGAUCAAGAACACCCACCGCUGCUGUCGCAUCUCCUUCGAGGAGAGGCAGGACGAGCUGAAUGAGCAGCUGAAGAUCCAGCGGGAGCUGGAGGCGGAGGUGGAGAUUGAGGAGAACGAAGAGCUCUUCCAUGACAUGUUCAUGGGCCAGAAGCGCCGAGCGAUCUGGAACUUGAUGGAGAAACCGUUUUCGUCCAUCAAGGCCAAGCUGAUGGCGGUGGCCUCCAGUGUGUUUGUCCUGAUCUCCCUGGUGGCCAUGACUCUCAACACGGUGGAGGAGAUGCAGUACAGAACUGCCACAGGUCAGCUCAGUGGUAAGACAUACUGGGAAUACGUGGAGUCCAUGUGCAUCGCCUUCUUCACCAUGGAGUACCUCCUCCGCCUGGUGUCCACGCCGGAGCUCAAAGCCUUCGGCAGGAGCGUGCUCAACACCGUGGACCUGAUCGCCAUCCUGCCUCAGUACGUGCAGGCCAUCCUGGAGUUCUUCGACAACGAGGAGAACUACAUGAAGCACGAAGCCGACAUUCAGGCGGUGGGGCAGGUGGGGAAGCUCGGCCAAGUGCUGCGGAUCAUGAGACUGAUGCGAAUCUUUCGGAUCUUGAAGCUGGCCCGACACUCCACAGGCCUGCGAGCGUUUGGCUUCACUCUGCGUCAGUGUUACCAGCAAGUGGGCUGCCUCUUCCUCUUCAUCGCCAUGGGCAUCUUCAGCUUCUCUGCCAUGGUUUACACUGUGGAGCAUGACAUGCCGCAGACAAACUUCACCAGCAUCCCUCAUGCUUGGUGGUGGGCAGCUGUCAGCAUCUCCACUGUGGGCUACGGAGACGUCUACCCGGAGACCAUCCUGGGUCGUCUCUUCGCUUUCAUCUGCAUCGCGUUUGGAAUCAUCCUCAACGGUCUGCCCAUAUCCAUCCUCUUCAACAAGUUCUCAGACUAUUACUCCAAACUCAAGUCCAACCAAUACACAGCCUCGACGAAGAAGCGAGGGAAGUUCAGACUCGCCAACAGGAGCGUAAACCGUCUCAACCAAAUCUUUGGAAACCCUCAGGGACCCGCACACUGACUUCUCUGGGACUGGUUAUGAUGAAUGAGUGUGCAUGCGUGUAAAACUGUGUGAAAGAAAAGUCUGUGACCGGGUGAAUAUCUGGAACCGGUACCAGAGAGGAGGUGGCACACCUGGCUUCGCUUCUGUUGUUGGGAAGCCAGUGAGGGAUCAUCCAGUCACAUGGCUGUCUACACCCUCUGAGCCAGAACCAAAGGAAAUAUGCCACGAGGAGCAGAACGUGAAGCUCAGAACAGAAACGACCCAAUCACAGAGGAAAUGUUGGCAGAGUUUCUGCAACGCAAAUUUUAAACUUAACAUUUCUUUAUGUUGCAACUAAGUUUCCAGUCUUCUGUUGUGACAACACUGUGUUUAUGAUCUGGUUUGGUUAGUGCACAGGCACCACUUUACUACUUUACUGAAAGGAAAAGAUCAUUUUUGUGCUUAAAAUUCCUGCUUCUGUCGACACAAACAUGGCUCGACAUGUCCCGACUUCUUGUCACAACUAUCUGAUGUCCGUCCCCACAAAACUUCUCGCAGUUUUGUCAAACUUAAUAUUAAAGUUAAAACGCUGUUGUCCCUCAUCUAAACUAUCCAGAGAUGAACAUCUCAGUAACAUUAAAACAGCAUCCCAAACUGCUGCCUCCUGAACUCCUCCACCAUCUCCUCCACCUCCAACAGAUGCAUAUGUUGCUUUGCAGGAACAUAAACUGCCAACAUUUGAUCCCUGUGACUGGACCGACGUGACACCACGCUGCUGGUACUAAAUAGUCAGAGAGCUUCUGCUUACAUCAAGUGAUGAAAUGUGACUCAGUACAUUUACUCAAGUCUUGAGUAAAUUUUCUGCUACUUUAUAUUUCCACUCUGCUACAUUCUGGAGGCAAAUAUUGUACUUUUUACUCCACCACAUGUAUUUAGUUGCUUUACAUCAGAGCCAAAGUAGUGCAAUUUUAAAUAAAUUAAUUUUAACAGCAAUCAGUUUAAAGAAAUGUAAUAUUCUGAUAAUCAGAGAAAUGCAGGUCGACCAGCAGUGAACAGAUAUACAACAAGUGAUUAUGUAUCAUUUACUAUUACUUGUUCUUUUUAUACCAAAGUACAUUAAAUGCCAGAAAAUUG